CUCCAAAGCAUGGAUAAAUAUGGUCUAAAAGUUCCAAACCACUUGGAUAGUUGGAUUGAUACACACCCCCAAUAAACACCACCUUUUAUUUUCCCUUGCCGUCCAUAAUUUUUUCCCAUCUUCAAAUCUUUCUACUCAACUACCAACUGCAUCACAACAUGAACGAGAAAAAGGAGAAAGAAAAUAAAAUCUUACUAUUGAAAUAUUGAAAGAUGAAGAGUGAGAGAAGGAGAGAAAUAAAGAAUUAGACCUACUUUUUCACUCCUCACUGCACUAUUUCUAUUAAUUAAUUAAUGCCUCCGUUCUUAUUGGAUGACUCAGUCAUAUUUAUAUAACAACUCUGAUUCCCCUUCACUCUUAUGCGCAUGUAGUGCAGUGGUCCUCUCUGAUCUUGUGAGCUUUCAUGGCGAAGAAAUCGCAGAAAAGCCUCAAGAACAACACUGCUUCCACUAACAACAGAAGAAGUAAGAAUAAGACACCAAAACCAGUGAAACGGACACGCAAAACCACCUCAAGAGACUCACCUCCACAGCGAAGCUCAAUCUUCCGGGGUGUCACAAGACAUCGAUGGACUGGUCGCUAUGAGGCUCAUUUAUGGGAUAAGAAUUGCUGGAAUGAAUCACAGACCAAGAAAGGAAGACAAGUAUAUCUAGGGGCAUAUGACAAUGAAGAAGACGCAGCACGUGCCUAUGACUUGGCAGCAUUGAAGUACUGGGGCCAACACACCAUUCUCAACUUUCCAUUAUCAAAUUAUCCAGAGGAGCUCAAGGAAAUGGAGGGACAGUCAAAAGAAGAAUACAUUGGAUCCUUAAGAAGAAGAAGCAGUGGGUUCUCUCGAGGAGUCUCAAAAUACAGAGGAGUUGCAAGACACCACCAUAACGGAAGAUGGGAAGCUCGAAUUGGCAGGGUCUCGGGCAACAAAUAUCUAUACCUUGGAACUUACGCUACACAAGAAGAAGCAGCCAUAGCAUAUGACAGGGCAGCCAUAAAGUAUCGAGGACUUAAUGCCAUUACAAACUUCGACCUCAGCCGUUACAUCAAAUUGUUACGUCCUCAAACUCAAGACAGCAACAACCAUCAAGACCAGACUAGCAAUCAAGAACUCGAGGUAGAGUUUGUUUCCGAUGAGCUUGGCUCAACUACGGGUGAGACCGCACAAGAUGAUGCGGUCUCAACAUCUUCAACAAUUGGCCUUCUCUUACAACCGUUCAAAUUCAAAGAAAUGCUAGAAAAGACUUCUUCAGCUUUAGCACCAGUAGAGUCAACGACCCUUCCUCGACGAACAUUUCCUGAAGAUAUUCAAACAAUAUUUGAAAAUGAAGAUUCAAGUAUCUACACUGAAAAUGAUGACAUCAUAUUCGGUGACUUGAGCUCAAUUGCUGCCCCAAUUUUUCAUUUCGAGCUUGAUACUUAGAAGAGGGAACUUCCAGCCUAUAUUUAUGAACAAUGUUUUAUCAAUUACGUUAAUUUUCAAAAUGUCAUCAACCAAAAAAGAUGACUAGGAAAUUAGGGUAUGAGUAACGAUUAAGCGAGUGAAAGAUUUUUUUUCAAAAGAGUAAUAUUUUUUAAUGAACAUUUAUAUGA